UCUACGGUCCACACACUCAUAAUAGUCCAUUACUCCACCAUUCUAUAUAAAUAAAGUGUUACUCACACACCCCAAGCCACUACUUUAAGAUAUACUAGGAGUAAAAUUAUUGCCCUCAACAAAAUAAUACACAAAAUCUGUCCUGUUACUCCGGGAAUCUCACACUCACUGUGUGACAAGUGUGUGAUAAUUCAGGAAAAGUGUAAAGUAAAGAUGCAAGCUUUGAGAUGUUGUGGAGAUAAAGGGCUUUUCUGCUUUGGAGAUUCUCUUCUCAAUACUUCUGCUGCUUCUGAUAUUUGUUUCUUGAGGCCACUCAGUUUUUCUCAUAAAUAUGCUACUAAUUCUGGCCUCUCAGUGGGUAUACCUCUCCCUAAGAGAACACCCAUCCGUCUCUUUUCUUCCGGGUCAUCCACAGACACACAGAUGCAUGAAGAAACCCAAGAUGACAAAAUAGAGACUGAUGACACUGCAAACAUGUCAAAAACUGUUCAUGUGAGAUUUCAGAUGCGAAGAGAAUGUUCCUUUGGCCAGCAUUUUUACAUUGUUGGAGACCAUCCACUGCUCGGACAAUGGGAUCCAUCAGAGGCUGUUGCUUUCAACUGGUCAGAUGGACAUGUGUGGACAACCGAGCUGGAUAUUCCUAUGGGAAAAUGUAUCAAGUUCAAGAUCAUACUGAAAGGUGGUUCAGAAAAUAUACAAUGGCAACCUGGUCCAGACCGAAUACUUCAAACCUUGGAGACACAGAACACAAUAACUGUUUGUGAAGAUUGGGAUAGUCCAGAACUUCAGAGUAUUGUAGAGGAGAACCUGACCUUUAAUCAGAUUGAAGAAUCUAUCAUUACUGAAGAAGGAAUAACCAGCUCUAACAAAGAAAUUAAUAUUAAUAUAGAUGAAAAUAUACCUGGGCGAGGAUUGGUUAGAAAUGCCGAGGAAAGCCCUGCUGAUAAUUCUGACGAUGAUAUGAAUGUGCUAAUGGUAGAAGGUAAUGACAGCAUGAUGGAUCUUAAGGAAUCAAAACUCAGUACAGAAGAGACGCUAUCAACAAACAAACUGCCUCUUCUGCUACCUGGCUUGAAUCCUUUGCCAAAAACUCAGCCUGAAGAGGAACCCCUAAAGAAAGUUGAAAAAAAUAUCCUUAAUGAAGCCUCCUCUGUUGAAGCUGAUAUAUUUGAGCUAAAUAUGCCAGAGUUGAAAUUUGAAGAAGUCUUAGUUAAGGACUACCAAGAGUGGAAUCAACCUGUUCAGGUGGAAAAGCCAGAAUUUUUUGAAGAUGAAGACGAGGACCAUCCCAAGUCAUUCGAUCUUGUUUUAGUGAAUGAUGUUCACUGGGGUGUAAGAACUCUGCAGAAACUCAUGGCUAAAUUUCGCUUCUGGUAAAAUCAAUAGAUGAUCACAACUGAGGUAAUCACCUCAGUUACUGUUUGUUGUCUUGGAUAUACUUAUUUCAAUGUUGCGCAAUAAAACAGAGAACAGGAUGUAAUUUUGGCCAAUGUCACAUGUAAAUACACCCACAUGGCUAAAGUGUGUUGCACCUGUUCUCUUCUUUCUAGUUGGAGAUUUAGGGGAUAGAGUGCAAUGCUUGGGUAUUUCAAACACGAUAGACACUUCAGUCUUUAUGCUGAAAUUCUAAGCUAUUCAUCCGAUUGAACUCUAGUUAAAUUCUGCUGAAAAUGGAGGCCUCACAAAUUUGAAGUUGCAAAA